AUGCGAGAUUUUCCAAUUGCAGGAGUCAAGGAAAGGCUUGAGAGCCUGCCAUCUUUGGAGCGCAAACCACGGAAUGGCUUCCAAGCUUCUCCAACGACAGCCACCUCCAAGCUUCUUCAGCCACAGCAACCUUCAAGUAUCUCCGGCGACAGUCAACCUUCAAGAAAUGAUGAACUCCAACGAAUAUUUCGUCACUUGGAUGCUGAUGGUAAUGGGAAAAUCUCAGGAUCUGAACUCAGAUCCUACCUUGCCUCUAAAAGGGAGUUCAUGUCACCUGAGGAAGCUCAAGGUGUGACCAAUGAACUCGAUGCAGCUAGCGGCGACAGUUUGAUACUCAGCUUUGAUGAUUUUGCAAUGUUGAUGGAGCGUGAAGGUGGGGAUGAUGAUCUGAAAAGAGGCUUUCAGAUGUUCGCUGCGAAGAGUUCUGGGUCCAUUACAUUAGAGGGCUUGCAGAGGAUAUUUGGUCGCCUUGGAAACAAAAUGUUGAAUGAAGAGUGCAAGAGCAUCAUACAGGCAUUCGAUUGCAACGGCAAUGGUGUGAUUGAUUUUGCCGAGUUCCAGCAGAUGAUGGCUUAA